UAAUCAAAAGAGAUUUUUUAUAUGAAGUUAUUGAUUUAAGCGAUAUCAUAGUGGACAUGAAAGACUUAAAAAAAACAAUUAAAAAUACCUCUUUAAAGCUUUGUGAUGAAUUUACAAUGGAAAAUUAUCCAGUUUAUGAGGGAAAAUAACACAUAUUAGUCGCAGUAAUCGAUUCUAUUGUCGAAAUUGAAAAAAGCGGUAAUUUAUUGGUUCUUUUGGAAGAUUUAGGGAAAACUUAUUUUCAUAAGAAGCUUUAUUUUUUAUGGGUGGAGGGUAAUUUAAAUAUGGAAAAGAAAAAAAUGUUUGGCAUUUAAGACAAUGCUCCUUUACCUUAAAUAGCAUUUUUCCGCAUUGAUUAUAUUUCCAAGAUUGCUUUUCCAUAUGCUUAAAAUUUAAAAAAAGAAUGUACAGAAAAUUAAAAAAACCUUCGAAAAAUUCGGGCAAAAGACCUUCUGCUAUCGAGCCAGAAUUAUAUUGCAAUAGUUGCUAAGCAGUCCUUAAGGAAAUUUUUAAAAAAAUACGUGAUUCUCGUAAAGAAUCCGAUAUUGCAUAUGCAAUUGAUGGAAUUUGUAGAUAAAAUAAUUUUGCAGUUUAUGAAUUCCCUCCACCUGAUAUGGUUAAAGGAUGUUAAGCUUUUAUGGGAACAUGGGAAGAAACUGUAGAAAAAGCUUUAUUAAAUAGAGGUAAUAAUGAAGAAAUGGAACAUGAACUUUGUAAUGUUUAAACAAAA